GGCGGCGCUGGCGGGCGGGCAGGUCGAUGGAGCGCCCGGCCGCGAUGCUCAGCUGCUGGGGCGCCGCGCUGGGGGCCGCGGUCUCCGUCCCCGUCCUCCUCCUCGUGGCAGCGCCCUACGUCAGGAGGUACGUGGCUGGAGGGCAGUGCAAGUCGACGGCUAAGCUGGAGGGGAAGGUGGUGAUAAUCACGGGAGCCAACACCGGCAUCGGGAAGGAGACAGCCAGGGACCUGGCACGAAGAGGAGCCAGGGUGAUUGUUGCUUGCAGAGACACCACGAAGGCAGAAGCGGCAGCCAGGGAGAUCCGAGCUGAGACAGGGAACCAGCAGGUCAUUGUGAAGAAGCUGGACUUGGCUGAUACCAAGUCCAUCCGGGAGUUUGCUGAGAAAUUUCUGGCAGAGGAGAAGGAACUCCAUAUUCUCAUUAAUAAUGCUGGUGUAAUGUUAUGUCCUUACUCCAAGACAGUUGAUGGCUUUGAGAUGCACCUGGGAGUCAAUCAUCUUGGUCACUUCCUCUUGACCUUCCUCCUGCUGGAGAGGCUGAAGCAGUCUGCCCCAGCCCGCAUAGUGAACGUGUCCUCGCUGGCUCAUCACGGAGGCCGAAUCCGCUUCCAUGAUCUUCACGGUGAGAAGAGCUACAACCGUGGCCUCGCCUACUGCCACAGCAAGCUGGCCAACGUGCUCUUCACCCGGGAGCUGGCGAGGCGCCUGCAAGGCACUAAAGUCACAGCAAAUGCUCUCCAUCCUGGUUCUGUCCAUUCUGAGCUGGUCCGGCACUCGCUUGUGAUGACGUGGCUGUGGAAAAUAUUCUCAUUUUUCUUGAAGACACCUUGGGAAGGAGCUCAAACAAGUAUCUACUGUGCAGUAGCAGAGGAGCUAGACUCUGUGACAGGACAGUAUUUCAGCGAUUGCCGGCCAGCUUACGUCUCUCCGCGGGGUCGGGAUGACGAGACUGCCAAGAAGCUCUGGAACGUGAGCUGUGAGCUCCUUGGCAUCCAGUGGGACUGAGCAGCACAGACCUCACCCUGUACCUGGCUGAGCCCAGCAAUGCUUCUCCUGGGAAAAGCACCGCUGAGACCUGAAGACUAGAAUGCUGACACUUCACCUGCCCUUAUGGUGGUUUUACGGACACAGUCUAGUGUGAAUUUCUGGAAUUCACACUUAAGGAUUGAGAUUUGUAAGCAACCAGCCUAGACGGAGAAUUACAGCACCAAUGCAGGGAGCAGCCUUUGCUUGGUAUCUCACUCAACAGCUAGAGGCUACUGUUCUCUGUCUUUACAAUAGAAAUGGAGGUUGCAGUCUUAGGUUUAGAUUAUGAAGUAACAAUUACCUUUAAAUAAAGUUUUUCCUAACAGCAAUAGUAAAAAUGUGGGACUCUAAACUUAUGAAGUUAUUUUCAGUUCCUGUUAUUUGACCUGGCACAGUGAAAGUACUUUAGAGUAUUAGGUUUUCUGGUAAUUACAUGCAACACAAAUGCUCUCAAGCACACAGAAACAGGUGCUGGCCUUUUUGUGCCAAGCAUUAGGUAAAAUUUUCAAGUGGAAUAAAUUAUUUUUCUUUAUAUUCUCCCUCAGCAGCUGGACCCUAGCACUGAAGUAUCUUGUCCCCAAACGUCCAUUGGCUGCAGCAAGGUAACUAAGGCUUGGCAUAUCUUUUGAGAACCCAGAUCUCAGUGCAAGUGACUGGGAGGUUUAGAGCUCAGUGUUAAUUGUGCAUAGUCAAGCUAUUUUAAAAAAUUAACAACUCUUCUGUGAAGCACCAAGCAAAGAUGGUGUAAAAGUUGUCACGAUAACAACCCCCCCACGCUAACCCAGCUACACUUCAAAUCACGUAAAACACUAGAAAAGAGAGCAAAAUGAGUAAAGAACAUCUCAAUUGUGUGAAAAAACAUUAAACAACCUCGGCUGAGACUUCAGCUUUAAAUGACAGCAAACUUCCCAGAGCUAAAUAGCUGAAGCAGAGGUCAGGACUGUCUUGAUAUUAUGGUCUAGUUAGCUACAGGACAGCAGACUUGCACAGAAAUUAUGAUGUUUGUCUGUGACUGGGUGUGGCUGGCCAGGGCUGCCAGCCUGGCCCUCCAGUGCCAUACAGCCCAAACUUCUGGCAGCUGGCUCAAUGUACCUAGAACUGGAGGUGCUGCCUUGGAACACUGGUGCUGCUCUGGUGCAAGCUGCUGGAGUGUGAUCCAUUAUCAGAGAUUAUUUCUGAAAGAGUUAAGGAGUUAGAAAACAAAUGCCAUAGCUCAUAGGAUUAUCUCCUGCUUCUGAAAAAAAAAUAUAUAAAAAAAUGGGGAAGUUUUGGGACUUGCAUAUGAGCAUGCACAGUGGCCAACAGCCACUUUUGGGAAACAUGCUAGUUUUAUGAUUAAUUCUUUCUGCCUGAAUGCUACCUAUGCAGAUCAGUCCUGUGCUACCUCUGAGCAAUACUAAGUAAAACCAUUCUCCUUUUACAA